AUGCGCUUCAAGAGCCAGAUCAAAAAUGUGAAUCUACUAGCAAAAUUCUGUGCCUCGUUGGCCUCACUGGGCCAGAUUGCCUGGUGCCGAUUCGACGACGAUGGCGUUCAGUUCACCAUCAUCCCUGACAAGGGGAGCCAAGUCUGGUCCGUCUUGAGGCCCGAGAUGAUCUUCGAGACAUACAUCCUGCAGUCUGCGUCACCAAGGAACACGAUUAACCUUGAAGUUCCCAUCCAAGCACUUUCACGGGCCCUUCGAUCGGCGCUGGGGGCGAACUCCACACAGAUCAGGCUGACCAAGAAAGAUAACGUCCCCAUCCUCUCGUUGACAAUUGUCACCAACACCUUUAGCAGCGGGAACAAUGUUGUAGCCCGGGCCACAAUUCAUGGGGGCCAAGGCGGUAAUGGAGAAUUCGACCGUGAUGAUAACGAAGAUCUAUCGUUCCACGAAGCCAACAGUGCUGGAACAGGUGAACGAGAGACAAUCAUCACUCAAGACAUCCCAGUCAAAGUCCUAGCCAUGGCAGCCGUCGAGAGCCUCCACCAACCCCGAACGCCGGAGCCUGACGUGAAUAUCUAUCUUCCUCCUCUAGCUCAGGUCAAGACGAUAUCCGAACGCUUCACGCGACUGGCAAUUGCUACAACCAAGGGGUCUUCCGCCGCCAGCCCUCGUCUGGAACUCAGUGCUAAUAUGCACGGCUCGCUCAAAAUCUCGGUCAAAACAGAUGCCCUGAAUAUCUCAAGCCGUUGGACGGGCCUUGCACAUCCCCAGCUCGAUCCGGCACACUUUCCAGACUUGACGGACCACCCCACCACCAGAAUGAAGGAACUUGGGGGCCCGAAUGGAGAGAACGAGGCAGGAUGGUCCAGGGUGCGGAUUGAUGCGAAGGAUUGGUCUAGGGUCCUCAGCGUCGGCCGAGUCUGUAACAAGGUCAUUGCAUGUUUCAUCAAUGAAGGAGCCUUGGUCCUAUAUGUCUACCUGCCCGCCGAUGAAAACGGCGACGAGGGAGAUCCGUGCCUCACAUACUACAUUAGCUCCUUCUCAGCUUGA